AUGAAAGGGACGGUCUCUGGGGCGAAGUCAUGUACCCAGGCUGGGAUGGCCGCGGUGGCCUCUGGGUGUCUGGCUGUGAGCGUACUGAGGACUUCAGCGCUCGGCGUGCAGACGGGCAUGGCAGUCAGAGUCUGCAGUGAUUUCGCCAAGUUCCCUCUUUUUGCCAAACCUUCGGCCCGCGAGAGCUUGCCAGUGACGUCAGGUACGUGGCGUGGUUGGGGAUUACUGAUCAUUCGCCUGCCCCACCACAUCAGCGACCCUGCCUUCGCUGCUGCCCUCGUCAACGCUCUCCUGCCCCUCCUGCCAUCCACCACUGCUCCCGCUGCUGCUGCCCCACCUGCUUCUGCUGCUCCUCCCCCUCCCCAAACCUCCGAACCAGCUUCCGCCACAACCACCCCUGCCCUCUCCACCUCUCCCUCCCCUACUCCACCCCUCUCCACCACACUCAACCCACCUCCUGCCCUCGACCUCACCCCCGAUCCCCUGGCUGGUCGACCGCCGCACCGCCAUCCUGCACUCCCUGCGUUCCCAAGUGGCGGCAGGGAGGGCGAUCAUAGGGGGCGGGGCGGGCACGGGGAUAAGCGCCAAGUGCGAGGAGAUGGGGGGCGUGGACCUGAUUGUAAUCAAGUCAGUGCCGUGGGCCUCUACGACGGCUCUUUCCGCACCAACCUAGAGGAGACCAACAUGGGGUACCCGCUCGAAGUCGCCAUGAUUAAAACGGCUAGUCUCCUGGGUUUCCUCACGACGCCGUAUGCGUUCAACGAGGAGGAGGCGCGGAGCAUGGCGGGGCGCGGGGGCGGAUGUGGUGGUAGCGCACAUGGGGCUCACGGCAGCAGGCAGCAUAGGGGCGAGAACGGUGUGCUCUCUAGAGGAGGCGGUGGGGCGAGUGCAGCGCAUGGCUGA